UAUCAAUAAAUUCGUUUUAUCUGUGAUUUUUUUUAAUUUCAAUUAAAAUAAGGUUUAAUAGCAUAUUUUUCUCCUCUACUAUGUCAUUUUCUUAAACAUGCCCCACUAUUAUGAUUCCCAUAAAAUUUGUCCGCCUGCCAUGGUAAAUUCUCAAACGUCCCCUUCAAUAAAUAAAUAAAUAAAAUAUCUUAAUGACAUCCCUUACAUCGUCCACGGUCAAAAUCAGUGGAUUAGAUUUUAUUAUGCAGCCAGCUGCCUAGACUCCUUGUAUUAUAAAACCGAGCACUCUCUUGCAUUGCAUGCUUCGUUAAACUCAGAAACUAAACUUCUAGAGACUACUUUUUCUCAUCAUUAAGCUAAAUAAUCAAAUUCCUCCACCCAAUGGCCCUUAGUACCGCCGAUUAUGAUCGACUACCGGAGCUGAAGGCGUUCGACGAAACGAAAGCCGGCGUCAAAGGCCUGGCGGACGCCGGGAUCAAAGAGCUCCCACGAAUCUUCCACGCGCCGCCGCAUCUUAUCAACGGCAGCCCAGCCGCUCCAGCCGACGACCCGAACUUCACUUUCCCAAUCAUCGACCUGGAAGGCGCGUGGGGGGAAGAUCCCGUCAAGCGAGCUCAGAUUGUCGGCAAGAUCAGGGACGCGUCGGCAAACUGGGGAUUCUUCCAGGUCGUCAACCACGGCGUCCCCGCGCGUGUCGUCGACGAAAUGAAAGCCGGUGCCCACAGGUUUUUUGAGUUGGAUGUCGAGCAGAAGAAGGAAUUCUUCGGCCGUGACAUGACCAAAAAAGUCGUCUACAACACCAACUUCGAUCUGUACAGUUCGCCUGCGGCAAACUGGCGUGACACCAUCCUGUUUCACAUGGCACCGGAUCCGCCGGAGCCGGAGCAGCUGCCGACCUGCUGCAGGGAGAUCGUGACGGAGUUCUCUGAGGAGAUUCUACGUUUUGCAGAUUUGCUUUUCGGGUUACUGUCUGAGGCUCUGGGUUUGAGUUCGAAUCACUUGAAAGAAUUGGGAUGUGCAGAGGGAGUAGACGUGGCCUACAAUUACUAUCCGCCGUGUCCGCAGCCAGAGCUCACUCUGGGAGCAACACAACAUACAGACACCGCUUUCAUUGCGAUGCUCGUGCAGGAUCACAUUGGAGGGCUUCAGGUUCUUCAUCGGAAUCAUUGGGUCGAUGUACCUCCUAUGUCACAAGGUUUUGUGGUCAACAUCGGAAACCUUCUUCAGGUAAUGUCUAAUGAUAAGUUUACAAGCGUGGAGCAUAGAGUGCUGUUAAAAGGGGCUGGACCGAGAGUGACUGCUAUUGCAUUUUUUGGUAUUGGAUACACAUCCAAUUCAAGAUUAUAUGGACCUAUAGAAGAGUUGUUAUCCGAGAACGACCCUCCAAAAUAUAAGAAGACCACGAUUCAAGAUUUUGUUGCCGGGGCAUAUAAACAAGGUCUUGAUGGGACCUCUUUUGUACAACUUCUUAAGCUUACGGAUUGAACUCAUGGGAUGUCAUGCCGUAGUAUUGGACUCACUACAAAAUAAAACACAUAUAGCAGGGGUUUUUUUUUUUACUUUUAGCGACGAAAAUAACCGUCGCUAACAACCCCGGAAGCGGUUAUUAUAACCCCUGCACAACCGACGCAAAAUCUACCGCCGCUCAGAAAUGGCAGGGGUCAGCCCAACCGCAGUAAAUGGGCUUGCGACGGUUUUUUGCAGCAGUUUUUUUGGUCGCAAGUGGUCUACUUUUGUGCCAUCAGAUGCGAAUCUUUGCAGCGACCCCAGAAGCUUUCGCGACGGUUUUGGAGCCCUGCUACAGACCACUCUUAAACCACUGGGUAACUUUUAGCGACGAGUUUUUUGCGACGAGUUUCAGACAAUAUUUUAGUGACGCUUAUCGACCAUUACUCCAACCUGCUAAAGCAUUUCAAUUUUUUCAUAAAUUUCUAGAACCCCUGCAAAGUACCUUCAAAUCUACAUUCCCCAUUAUCCAUGUCACACAAUGAUAACUUCCAAAGUACACAUUACUACUACAUAUUACUUCCAAAGUACACUUCAACAAAGAUAAAAUUCCAACUAAAUUCAUAAUAUUGAACUUUGGCUUUCUUCUACAUCACCAACAAGGCAACAACUCAUCAUUAUCCUGUUACAAAGCCAACCAAAACAUAUAGAAAUCAUCUUUCCCACUCCAUGUACAGCUCAAAAUCAAAUUAUAGAAUCUAUAUUAUUAUAUGAUAUGAUAUACUCACUUGGUGCAUCGGUUUGUAGUUAGAGGGGACUUUCUGUCUCUUUUCUAGAGCUGGAAAAAUAACAAGAAAACAAUCUCAAAGGGUUUAACACCCAACUAGUUAGUGGGCAGAUUGAUGAUUAUGGUUCAAGGAAAAUAUUAUUAUAAAAAAAAAGUAGAGCAAGUUGAGGAGAUCCAGAUGAAAGCAACACCCAACCUGCUUGACUGAGAAUUGCACUAAAUUGGACUGGAAUGUCAAAGGGAAUAGGAAUAUUGUCACAUUCUCAACCUGUUUACUUACCUUUUGCCAGCCACGUGUAGCACUUUGGCUUGAUGAAGAUGGUGCACGAAACGAACCCUCCAUUGACCCUUCUCCAUACGAAGAUGUUGCAAGAACAAUGUCUUCAGUGUGUCUACUUCCAUUUACAGCUGAUCCAUCCCACUUCUCAGUUCAACUACCUCACUUUCCGCUUCCACCAGUUCAUUUCUCAGUUCAAUCACUUCACUUCUUAGAGCGACUACCUCACUUUCUGUGUAAUCUAGUACUGUGGUAGACAACUAAACAGUUAAAAGAAGAAAACAGCUCAAAUUAUUAAUUAAGCUAAAGCAUAAUUGUUUCUUAACUCAAGCAGAGAAGGUUAAACAGCAAAAGCCAACUAAUAUCAUCUCAUUGAAUUCAAAAUUAAUCAAAUUGAUGGAGACAACUAAACAGCUAAAGACAACUAAACCGGCUAAGUGGAGACAUAAAAGACUUGAACUUGAAUCCACAAUGAAAACCAACCAGCAGCAGAGCACCAGGACAAUAGAAGGAUCUCCAAUCCCCAUCAUUGUUUAAUCCUUCUUGCUGGUUUAUUGCUUGCAUUGGAAAUGGAAUUGUAAAUAAUUGAGCUCCAACCACACACAGGUACGGCAGUAAGGUGUUCUUGUGUGUGUAUGUCCUUCUUCAGCUCUAGGAGGAUUUACUAUUCAGUAAUGGUGCCCCCACGGAUGCACUCAUUGCAACCGUCUACCCUGGCCAGUGGCCAGCCACCAAUGUCUUAAAUGCCCUCCACAUGCCCAACCACCUCUCUACCUUCUUUCCUCUUCGAAUCACCUCAGAAGAAACAGAAGAGUUCAUUAACUUUGCAUUGCCAACUAGUUCAUGCAAUGUUCCAUUGAUAAAUCAGAAAUGUUUGU